GGAUCCUUGAGCUGUUGCAGAGGCAGCCAACUGCUCCAUAUUUGGCUUCUGUUACCCAUUUACAUGCUGGAGAGAGGAGAGGGAGCGAGCGCUGUACCGCAGACAUCAUUUUCUACUACAGUGGUGGAGACAUCCCGGACCUGUGUCACUGCAGGGGGAAGGAAAAAAACCAAACAAACAAACAAACAAAAAAAAAGCAGACCCAAGCCCCGUGAUCAGCUAGGAAGACAUUUGUGUGCGAGUCUCUCUCUGACCCCCCCCCCCGCCAACCCCACCUCCACUGACACUUCACACAGUCACAUCGCAGGCCAAGCCAGAUGGGCAAGCAAUACAAGCUGUGAAUUUAUUCUUGACCCCUGUAGGACAGUGACCACCUUCAUUUUUGUCUUCACCAUACAGAUAUGCACUGCCAAUAAGUGAAAAGGUCAAGAAAAGCAGUAGCUCAGUGGCUGAAUCUUUCAGAAGUGCUUUGCAGCAGGGAAAGUGGGGAAACCUUUUAAAGUGGUGGCUUAUUCAAACCUGGAACACAGGGAAAGAGUUUUAAUGCAAAACAUCAGAAAAGAAAGGCUGCAACAUCUCCUGAGAGAGGGGGAAAAAAGGAGAUUUACAGUUGCAUCUUGAAACACUCAUAUGAUUUGAGAAGUGUUACCUGAGGAGAAAGCGGCUUCGCAACUCCCCUCUGUCAUGGCGUAAAACUGGGUGAUAGUCACCUUUGGGGAAAAACAUUUCAUACCCUGUUGCUCUGUUCUUCUGAGGCUCAGCAGCAGUGAUGUUCCCCUCUGCAGCGCAUUCAGGAGUGCAACUAGCAACCUAGAAAAUGAAAAACACUUGAGUCAUUUGCAUACUGGAUCAGAAUCCAGCCUGCCCGGCUGCCGGAGCAAAGACCACAAACUUUCACAUUUGAAUCAUCUGCUGAAAAGCUACAUAUUUUUAUGAAGAAAGAACUGAAUGUUUGUUUUAAGCUCUAUCUUACUUUAUUUGAAAGAGGAAAGCCAGUGAGGACCUGUGAGCAAUCUGGCAGCUUCUGAAAAAUCUUCAUGCUAAAGGAUAAUCCAGAAUUCCCAGAAGAAGAACAUAGUGAAUGUUAAUCCAGAGGAGCCAUCAGAGAACCGUGCUCACGGGGAGAUGAUUCCUCAUGAAGUCACUGGAUCCCUUGCAGAAAUCAAAUGUGACUUUCCGUUUAUCAGACUGAAAUCAGAGCCAGCCAGACAGUGAAGCAAGCACAGUGGAGGGGGGACGGCGAAAGAUGAAAUCCAACCAAGAGCGGAGCAAUGAAUGCCUGCCACCUAAGAAGCGAGAAAUCCCUGCCACCAGCCUGCCUUCAGAGGUGAAGCCAGUCCUGCCAAACGAAAACCACCGUGCGGAUAACCUAGCAUGGCUCCCCAGCACACCCGGCGGCCAGGGUGGCCUGGGGGGCCGGCACCGGCCCGGGGGGACAUCAUCAGUGGAGACAGGCUUGCAGCAGGGUUUGCACAAGUCGCUGUCUGCAGGGCUGGACUAUUCCCCGCCAAGCGCACCCAGGUCCGUUCCAGCCUCCACCACUCUUCCCACGGUGUACUCGCCCGCCCUCUCCCAGUCAGGGACCCCUGUUUCCCCUGUGCAGUACACGCACCUGCAGCACACCUUCCAGUUCGUCGGGCCCCAGUACAGCGGAUCGUACACCGGAUUCAUCCCCUCGCAGCUGAUAUCCCCAACGGCCAAUUCUGCGACUGGCGCCGUGGCAGCAGCCACCGCCGUUGCAACCACUCCAUCCCAGCGCUCCCAGCUGGAGGCUUAUUCCACUUUGCUGGCCAGCAUGAGCGGCUUAAGCCAGCAGGGGCACAAAGUUGAGCCGCACCUGGUCAGGACGCCUGGACUGAUUGCCGCUGGGUCUCCUCCACCCACCCAGCAGAACCAGUACGUCCACAUUUCCAGCUCUUCCCAGAGCACUGUCAGAAAUGUCUCUCCUCCAACCAUACCGGUCCCCCUGCACCCCCAUCAGACAGUGAUCCCGCACACCCUCACCCUCGGCCCUUCCUCCCAAGUGGUGGUGCAGUACACCGACUCGGGGGGCCACUUCAUCACCAGGGAUCCCCCCAAGAAGCCCGAGAGCAGCCGGUUGCAGGCGAUGCAGGCCAAGGAGGUACUGAACGGUGAGAUAGAGAAGAGCCGGAGGUAUGGCAUUUCGCCCUCUGCCGACAUGGGUCUAGUCAAAGCAGGCAAUAAACCAGCUCCCCAUCAUUACGAGACAAGGCACGUGGUGGUCCACUCGAGCCCCGCCGAGUACGGCCCGCGGGAUUCCUCAGGUGUCCGAGCGUCCGUCAUGGUGGUCCCCAACAGCAGCACGCCCACGGCAGACAUGGAGGUGCAGCAAGCCACCAACCGUGAGACCUCUCCCUCAGCCCUCAACGACAAGGGAAGCUUGCACUUAGGAAAGCCAACCCACCGGUCCUACGCCUUGUCUCCACAGCAGGCGCUGGGCCACGAAGGGGUGAAGGCAGUGGCCACGCUGUCCCCUCAUACUGUCAUUCAGACCACCCACAGCGCCUCCGAGCAACUCCCCGUCGGGCUGCCGGCGACGGCCUUCUACGCCGGGACCCAGCCACCGGUGAUAGGCUACCUGAGCGGUCAGCAGCAAGCCAUCGGAUAUCCUGGCAGCCUGCCGCAGCACCUGGUGAUCCCUGGCACCCAGUCCCUGCUGAUACCGGUCGGCGGCACAGAUGUCGAGCCGUCAGGUGUCGCGCCUGCGAUCGUCACGUCGUCUCCCCAGUUUGCAGCAGUGCCUCACACGUUCGUCACCACCGCCGUCCCCAAAAGUGAGAACUUCAGCGCGGAGCCCCUCACCACCCAGCCCGCCUACCAGGCCACCAUGGUGCAGGCACAGAUCCACCUGCCUGUGGUGCAGUCCAUCGCUUCCCCUGCCGCCGCGCCUCCCACACUGCCCCCCUACUUCAUGAAGGGGUCGAUCAUUCAGCUGGCCAACGGGGAGCUGAAGAAAGUAGAGGACUUGAAAACAGAAGACUUCAUACAGAGUGCAGAAAUUAGCAAUGACCUGAAAAUAGACUCCAGCACUGUGGAGAGGAUUGAAGACAGCCAUAGCCCAGGCAUUGCUGUGAUACAGUUUGCGGUUGGCGAGCAUCGAGCACAGGUCAGCGUGGAAGUCUUGGUAGAAUACCCUUUUUUUGUAUUUGGACAAGGCUGGUCAUCCUGCUGCCCCGAGAGAACCAGCCAACUCUUUGAUUUGCCAUGCUCCAAACUCUCGGUGGGGGACGUCUGCAUAUCACUCACACUCAAGAACCUGAAGAAUGGCUCUAUUAAAAAGGGCCAGCCCAUGGACUCAGCUAGUAUCUUGCUGAAGCAUUCAAAGAAUGACAGUCUAGCUGGAAGUAGACACAGGUAUGCGGAGCAGGAAAACGGGAUUAAUCAGGGAAGCGCACAGAUGUUAGCUGAGAACGGUGAACUGAAGUUUCCGGACAAAAUAGGAUUGCCUGCAGCACCUUUGCUCACCAAAACAGAACCCAGCAAGCCCCCGGCAACGAGGAAGAGGAGGUGGUCAGCCCCUGAAACACGAAAACUAGAGAAAUCAGAAGAGGAGCCACCUUUGACUCUUCCCAAGCCUUCUUUUAUUCCUCAGGAGGUUAAGAUUUGCAUUGAAGGUCGAUCCAACGUAGGAAAGUAAAAGUUGUUUGGGGAAAGGAAAUUAGGCUAUCCCUUGUCAUUUUUAUCCAGAUUACUGUACUGUAGACUAAAUAACCCAGUAUUUACAUGUUAUCAUCUUAUUUUAGGUUUAUGUUAUAACCUUGUUGUUAUAGUUGCAGCUGGUAUUAUGCAGGAGACUGGUGCAUAUGUUUUUCCACAAGUGUUUGUCAGUGACUAGGUUUAUCGAGAGCUACGGAAGGGGCAGUAUCUGCUUCACACACCCUUAGUGGAAAUGAAUGUGUUGUCAUGGCUCCUGUUUUCUAACACCUCGUGUAGGACAGGGUCCAGCUGUGAUUUUGUUUUCUUCUCGUCGUUGUUUUUUCUUUUUGCUUUGGUUUUUUUUGUUUUGUUUUGUUUUUUUUUUUGUUUUGGUUCCUGUUCUAGUUUUUGGGGGGGAGGUGAGGAGAAGGGAACUGUAGCAGAGGUGUAUGUCACUCGUGGGGUGCGUGCGUGCGUGCGUGUGUGUGUCUGUACACGCCAGUCCCGAGGAGGGACUGCAGCUCUGGGGUGGGUUGGUGAAGAGGUUUCCUCACCCCAGGUGGAUGCUGAGGACACAACUCAUGGGUGUUACUGAAAAGGAUCGGACAGUCUCUGACGUUUUCAACAACAAGCCAACACUUACUCAAGGCUCUACAGUAUAUAUAUAUAUAUAUAUAUUUGUGUGUGUGUAUAUGUAUAUAUAUAUUUUUCCCCCCAUGGGGUCUGACUGCACUGAUUUUUAUUCCUAAAGCAACUGCCACACCAACAUUUCCUUUCUGCUUGCUAGUGCAGUUCCAUAGCCCGGAGUCAGCAGACGGGGAGGCUGUACGGACUCUUGCACCGGUCGCCCUGCAAGGUUUUCCUUCACGGCG